AAUACCUCAGAAUGUCUAAAGACUGUAAACAAGAGAUCAAAUCAGAACAAGUGGAGAUCCCAGAAAAGUCAAACGGUUUCCUCUGCCCAAUGUGUGGAGCACAUUACUUUUCAGAAGACUACUUUGUUGAGCACAUCAAAGAACAUAAAACAAUAUCAAAUUGUACAAUAAAACAAGAACUUACAUCUGAAUCAGAUAAACCAUCUAUUUUUAUAUGCAAGGUUUGUGCUGAACAUGUUUACUCAGACACUCAGUUAAUAGAACAUGUAAAGCAGCACCAUGAUCAUAGCAGCCCAGAAGUACCUGACUACUUUGAUACUUCAGAUAACUUGACUGGAACAGAUCUUCAGAGGACAUUAGUUCUGUCUCCUAGUGAGAGCCCGCCUGUGCGACCAUUUGGGUGUUCACAGUGUACAUUCAGUGCGGCAUAUUGGAGAAUACUUAAAGAACAUCAAAAGAUUCACUCAGGUGAGAAACUCUUCAAGUGUUCAGAGUGUUCAUUUGCUGCAAAACAAGCAUGUAAUCUUACGGUACAUAUGAGAACUCACUCAGGUGAGAAACCCUUCAUGUGUUCUGAGUGUUCAUAUGCUGCAAGACAACCAGGUCAUCUUACUGUACAUAUGAGAACUCACUCAGGUGAGAAACCCUUCAAGUGUUCAGAGUGUUCAUUUGCUGCAAAACAAGCAUGUAAUCUUACGGUACAUAUGAGAACUCACUCAGGUGAGAAACCCUUCAUGUGUUCUGAGUGUUCAUAUGCUGCAAGACAACCAGGUCAUCUUACUGUACAUAUGAGAACUCACUCAGGUGAGAAACCCUUCAAGUGUUCAGAGUGUUCAUUUGCUGCAAAACAAGCAUGUAAUCUUACGGUACAUAUGAGAACUCACUCAGGUGAGAAACCCUUCAUGUGUUCUGAGUGUUCAUAUGCUGCAAGACAACCAGGUCAUCUUACUGUACAUAUGAGAACUCACUCAGGUGAAAAACCCUUCAAGUGUUCAGAGUGUUCAUUUGCUACAAAACAAGCAUGUAAUCUUACGGUACAUAUGAGAACCCACUCAGGUGAGAAACCCUUCAAGUGUUCUGAGUGUUCAUAUGCUGCAAGACAACCAGGUCAUCUUACUGUACAUAUGAGAACUCACUCAGGUGAAAAACCCUUCAAGUGCUCUGAGUGUUCAUUUGCUACAAAACAAGCAGGUGAUCUUAUUAGACAUAUGAUAACUCACUCAGGUGAGAAACCCUUCAAAUUUUCUGAGUGUUUAUAUAUGCUGCAAGACAAGCAAUGCAUCUUACUAGACACAAGAGAACUCACACUGAGGAGAAAUGAUUCAAAUGUUCACAGAGCUCUAAUGCUGCAAGAAAAAUGAGUGAUCCUACAAGAAAUAUUAGAAUCCACUACGGUGAGAAACUAAAUUGGCAGUGGACCACUACUGCAAGAUGUUGUUCAGUUCUUGAUAAGAUGUUAAGAUGGUGAGACAUUAUGAUUUGGUACCUUUAUUGACAUUAAGUAUUGGAGCAUCGUCGUGGUUGUAUCUGUUUGAAAUCCCCCCGUAAUCAGUUUCGCAAAUAGCUAUUGUGUCAAAAUUACACUACUAGAGCGUAAUAAUUUGAAAGUUACUAGAUAUGAUGUAUCUUACUCGCCAUGUUCACUAUAAAGUAACCGAUUUUGAUUUACCUUACUCGCCAUGUUUACCAAAAGUUUCCUGUAUCAAUGUAUCUUUCUCACUGCACCAUUUUCAUUUAAAGUUACCAUUUUCAAUGUACCUAUCU